AUGAAAGACGAUGUCUUGAAAAUAGUUUCCUCCAGUUUUUACCAAAAGGGCGAUCUCGAGCAGUGGCUUAAGCCAGAUAUAUACGAGUUCGAAUACUUAGAGUUGAUGGGCAAGUUUUGGGCGCCGUUGGUCGAAAAGGAUCUCAGUUUCGUGGUUAUUUCUACUAAAACGGGGAAUGUCAUCGGUGUCAGUUUGAACUUCGAUGCGCUCGAUGAACCAAAAGUGGAAAUAACCUCGAAACUGGUCGUGAUUUUCGAAUUUUUGGAGACCAUCGAAGGUCCCAUCAGGAAUAAUCUAUUGCCGUCUGGAAAGGGGAACGUCUUUAAUUCGUUCAUAAUGACCACCAGCUUGUCACUUUCGUCACAAGAAAACGUCGCCCUGAUGAAAUAUAUGGAAGAUCAAGUGCAUAUUUUAGCGAAAAAUAAUAAAUUCAAGGGAAUUCUAACUACCAAUACAAAUCCUUUGACUCAACAAAUGUGUUCAAACAUAUAUGGCUAUAAAGAAAUGUACAAUUGUCAAGUCAACACAUACAUUGCUUCCGAUAAUUCCAAACCAUUUGGUUUAGCACCGAAUUCCCAACGGGUAAUCGUCCAUUGGAAAGAGAUCUGAGAUGAAUGUUCUCCCCAGCAAACCGUGUAUAUAAUUUAGUAAUUCCUAAAUUUAUUUAUUUCUGGAUGAUAGAGUAGUUAGAUUAAAGUGAUAAUUUAGAUUCUCAGAAAUGUAGCGCAUGGUGACUUUUCGUAGUAACAAAAUAAUCUUUUACUUUCGACUGGCCAUGAGUCCCUGAUGUGGGAAGGUUCUGGACGCCACUUCCUUUUGCGGAGAUCAAUAACUCGAGGCCACUCGAAGGUUCGAUCUGCACUCCCCGCGAUCGCCGAGUCAACA